AUGGACAACAACUGUGAAAUCGACAAGGAUGCCAAGCUCAUCGUGAAGGGGAAGGCCUGCAUGUCCAACGUCAAGCAAGCCAAGGGGUCGCUCUCGGUUGUGGUGGGUGGCGGAUGCAACGACGAAGUGGUGAGAAAGGUGUUUGACAAUUUCAUGGCCUCUGGGGCCGUACCCAACGUUUUCACCGAGCUGGUCUCCUCCAGCAAGAAACAGCCCCCCCAGCUCUGA